AUGGCGACGAUAUCAGCGGCGGAUCGCUCCUCGUCGCGGCCUUCGCGUCGGCUCUGGCUGCCCUGGCUGCUGCUGGCGAUAUCGUUGAUACUAAUCACCUACUCGGUCGACUCCUUCGUCCGUCUGCCACAGCAGCUUGCCGUCUCUCAACAAUGUCGCAUGUCACGCAUGCGUCCGGCCUACAUCGACCAUACAGCCGACCUCGAAUCCUUCUCGCCCUCGGGCUUGUGGCGCAAGUAUCGUCUCUACCUCUAUCGCGAGCGCGACUUUGACCCCAUGGAUCUGCCGUCCGGUAGUCCCGCCCUCUUCGUGCCCGGUAACGCGGGCUCGUAUGGUCAGGUCCGCAGUGUCUCCUCCAGCGCGGCAAGGCAGUUCUACAAGCAGAACAGCGGUGGUCAGCUCCGAGACGAGUGGAAGGACGCGCCCGCCGGCGUGGCUCACACCGACUGGUACACGCUCGAUUUCAACGAGGACUUUUCAGCCUUCAGCGGAUCCACCUUGAUAGAGCAGGCAACGUUCAUCAACGAGGUUAUCGCCUACCUUUCCAACCGAUACGCAUCGCCUGCCACCCGCAACUUUGCCGCAGGCGAGCGCAAUACCACCGUCCCCAUCCUGGCACAUAGCAUGGGAGGAAUCGCUGCUCGCCUUGCUGCCCGCAUGCCAAACUAUCCACAGGGUAGCAUCGACACCAUCGUGACUCUCAGCACGCCUCACGCCUACCCACCAGUGCCCUUUGACAGGAGCACCGAAUAUGUCUACUCACUCAUCAACCGACCAUCGCCUGCAGCACCAUCAGGCUCGCCAGCCUCGGUACCGCCCUUGCUCGUCUCGGUGGCAGGCGGCAUUUUGGAUACACAGCUCCCCUCGGACCCGUCUUCGCUUGCACUGGCGCGUAUUGGCGAAGCGGUGCCUCCUUCGCGCAUCUCAACCUUCACCACCUCGCUGCCUUCCCUUUGGUCCUCCGUCGACCAUCUGGCAGUCAUGUGGUGCGAUCAGCUCCGCGAAAAGAUCGCACGAGGAUUCCUCCUCGACAUGAUGGCUUUUGGUCGCAUUGCCCAGGAUCGCUCCGCCGGAGGCAUCACAGGCAAGGCCAGCUUUUUGCGCAGAAGGCGCGAGCUUUGGAGGCGAGCACUCAGCCUGUUCGACUCCUCGGAUGCCGGCAACGGCGACAUCGGACCUCUCGAGCUCAUACCGUCAAAGGAUUCAAGCUACGACGAAGAGCUCGAAUCUUUCGUCGUCGAGGGAGAAACGCCAACGUUCAACAGGCCCGCGUCUGGCGUUGACUCCCCACUGCUGAUCGGCGAAGAUAGCUUCGUCUACCGCGUACCCGCCAGACUGGGCGAGGGCGACACCGACGUGCAUGCCUUUGAGCUCAUCACCAAUCUGUGCGUGGGCUGGAAUCCAUCUUCGGGCUUGGGUGCUCCCGUCCCACAGCCCGUCGAGAUUGUCGUGCAGACAUGCACGAGCGACCCGGACUCGUCCGACCCCAUCGCUGGAAGGAAGAUCUCGUGCCAGCUCGUCAUGCCGUGGCAGUGGGAGCUCAUCCCGCCCAGCCUCCUCCCGCGUACCGACAUUCUGAGCCAGAGUCCGGAUGCUCCGGCAGCCGCCAACGCUGCUGAGAGCAAGCCGUUCCCAGAUGCUGAAGAGGCGUACCACGUGCCCGGCCUGGCGUUCCAGCGACUGCGACUCGAUGCCGUGGUGCUCAAGAGGCGCCGAGUCGACUUUAUCCGCGUCGAACGCAAGGCGGUCUCGGGCUCUUUCGUUCAUGCGCGUGGCCUCAAGAGCUUCAUCCGUGCAGGCUGGAUGCGUCAAGACAGCGGCCGAGUCGAAAAGCACGGCCCUUCCCACAUCCUGACUCCGGCUCAGAACACCGCUACGCAACAGCAUCAUCAGGAUUACGGAUUGGCCACAGUUGGCGCAACCCCAAUCGCAACUGAAUGGAGCCUCAAAGGCGUCGGCUCUUCUCUGCUCGCCAGACGUAUCGAGGUGGUGCUCAGCCAGUGCCUCAUAGAGAAUCUCGCGCGUUACACGCUCGUCACAAACGACGAGGUACAGUACUCGACGGAUCCGUCCUUCUCGCCCUUUUUGCACGUCUCGAAUCGAGCCACGGGCGAUUCGCGCUGGUACCCCCAGCUCGCCUCGCCUCAGCUCGUUCGCUCGAUCCGCAACAGGACGUACAAGGGCGAGGCGAUCACGUUCCCUCUGUCGCUCCAUGGCAACGCGCCCUUCAUGCCUCCGGCGAGAGAGAGCGUCGACGAGGUCAAGGUGCAGCUGUGGUCGGAUACGGCCACUCUCCUGCCCGUGCCCGGCAAGCAGCUCGACUGUCAGUCGCCCAUCGAGUCGAUCCGCAUCUCGAUCGAUUGGAAGGCGUCCGCGGGGCUCGUCCUUUUGCGCUACCGCUUCUUCUUGGCAGCCUGGCCGCUCGGACUCUUGGUCGUCUGCGUGGGGCUCUCGUGGCUCGCGUGGGCUGCCAAGUCGGACAUAGACGUCUUCCCUAGCCCUCUGCAUUCGAUCAUGAAGCCGGCGUUCCGAACGCCCUUGCUGGGACACAGGAUCGACCCGCUGCUUGGCAUGUUGGCAUGUCUGAGUGCCGGUCUGCUGUUGGUCGACAGCAUCCGCCUCGCGCUGUACAGGGCGCUGCCGGACACGCAAUCUCACGGGCCAUCGUCGUCGCUUCUCGGCAUGGUCCUAGGUCUGAGCGAUCACUCUUCCUCGGCUGGCCUCGUGCCGUGCUUCCUGGCGGUCUCGUACGCGGUACUACUCGUCAUUGUAGCUGUCGUCCAAGUCGGGUUCCGCUUCACAGCUGCCGUCGUGCGCAGGUGUGGUCUCGGCGGCAAACUGGACUGGGUCGGCUCGACUGCUUCUGGGGCAGACCCGCUGCGCUGGAAUCCACGCUCCAUCGCAGGGCUGGCACUGCUGUUGCUCUCGGUCGUUCUUUUUGUGCCACACCAAUUCGUCUUCCUGUGCAUCUUUCUGCUGCAGAUGCUCAACACGCUCCGUGCACAACUCGAGCUGCAAAGUAUUCCAAAAGCAGCUUCGGUGACGACGGCUUCGCCGAGAGCACAGGAGACGCGCUUGCACCAGCACCUGGCCAUCUUUUUGGUUCUCUUACUGCUGCUUCCUCAGAAAGCGAGCUUCCUUGUCACAUGGGUACGCAACCUGGCAUCGGUCGGGAUCACCACGCCGAAGACGACGGCGGCAUGGAUGGACCACAACGUGCUCGACGUCGCGCCCGUGGUCGUGCUGGUGUGGCUCAUGGCUGGAGGACGGAGGCUCGAGCCGCCACGAAGCGGGCUCGAAGCGAAAGCGGUCGCAGCGGGCUUUGGCGUCGUUGGCUGGUAUGCGCUGGUGUGGGGCAUCAGGUACACCUACCGAACGUACGAUGCGUUCAACGCGCUGUGUGCGCUGCUCGCCAUUUGCCAGUGGCGGUCUAGGCGUGGUUGCAGCUUGCGCAGCAACGACCGCUUGUCUCGCGCAGGAGGCAAGGAUUCCGAUGAGACGCUCGGCAUGCUCGACGAUCAAGACGGCGCCGAGGGCAGCUCGAGUUCCAAAUUGGGCACCGGCCGGCAAGCAGAGGCGUACGAGCUGGCAGCUCGCUCGGACUCGGAGCGUCUGCCCAUCCACCAUCUUGCUCUUCCCGCCUCGCUUGCUUCUUCUCAGCAAGACGCAGCGGCAGAAAACCCGGCCGAGAGGGAACCUGACUCGCAAAGCGAUGCGGCGCAGCCAAGCACUAGCACGCCGGGAGACAGGCUGGACACGCUCAUCGGACAAUAUCUCGACGUGCUUGAUCGAUAUCAACAAGCACGGAGCGCCAGCUGCGAAUCUUUCAGCCGCGGCUACCUCAAGUUGAGCCGGGCCAAGAUGGAGUACGGUGCGUCUCGGUUGAGCAGCAACUCGUAUGACUCACGGCUGCUCGGCGAGAUCCGCGCGCAUGUGGAACCCGGCCCAUCGAAAUUGACCGGUGCUGCGACCAGCGCGGAACCAGAACCGAAGCGAAUCUUGGCAGAAAGAUUCGUGCCUGACUACUCGCAUCUAUCCGAGGCACAAGACGGAGCAGAAGCUGUCCUGUCGGGGCUAACGGACGAGAAAGAGGGUCGUGGUACGGCGACGAAACAGGAAAACGCGGCAUCGGGAUUGCGCAGAAGGGCCGGACCGGUGUCGCCGGCUGGGCAAGAUGCGGCGGAUGGCAAAGAAGGACGCGUGAGCUUGCCGAGCUCCUCGCUUGGCACUCAGUCGGCCAAUUCCACGGCGCGCAAGAUCGGCCAGGACGACGAGAGCAAGGCCGGCAAAGAUCACCAAAAGAGGUUGCCGGAUGCGCUCUUGCAGUUCGGUGGGCUGCCAACGCCAUCGUUGCGAGGAGCGCAGGUUGAUCUGAAGCGCGCUCUUGACCAAGUCCUGGGCGUUGGUGCGAAGCACGCACUGGUUGGCCAAGGACUCGUGCAGCUCGUGUCCCAGCUGGACUACUUGGCAAGGGAGAUCGCCAAGUUGCAAGGUAGCGACGACAACUAG